UGCUAAGAGGGAAUUUUCUUUGUUCUUCUUUUUCUUUUCUUCUCUCUUCCUCUAUUCCUCAAACUUUCCGUGAUCGAAUAUUUCUAGUUACACAACACAAGUCUUUCUCCAUCUCGUUAGAUUUACAGUGUAUAAUUUUCAGAUUCUGGAUUUAAAAUGGCGGGGAAAUCAUGGUUUGGUGCAUCGGCAAAUAUUAACAUGAUCGUUACAAACACACCUGCUGCAGAUCUAGCUCUUACAAAUUUUGCUUAUUGCGCUUCUUCUGAAAUUAGCAAAUUUGCUGUACCUGGCACUGGUCUCGCUCUCGCACUGAUUGCCGAUUCGUUCGUACUAUCUCUCUCUGUUCAUCCAAGUGUACACGAAGGUCAUAUUGCACUAAAUGCCAUUCAAAGAAGGCAUGCAAAAGUUUCUUCCGGGGAUACAAUAGCUUGCAGCAGAUUCAUGCCACCAGAGAAUUUCAACCUGGCAUUGCUUACACUAGAUCUGGAGUUCGUGAAAAAAGGAACAAAAAAUGAACAGAUUGAUGCUGCUCUUCUAUCUCACCAGCUUCGAAAGAGAUUUCUUAACCAGGUUAUGACAGCAGGACAAAGGGUUUCGUUUGAGUAUCACGGUACCAAUUACAUCUUCACAGUUAAUCAGGCUGCUGUAGAGGGGGAAGAGAAAUCGAACAACCUUGAGCGAGGGAUGAUAUCAAAUGAUACGUACUUUGUCUUUGAAGCAUCCAAUGCUACUGGUAUCAAGAUUGUCAACCAACGUGAAGCCGCCAGCAGCAAUAUCUUCCGGCAUAAGGAGUUUAAUCUCCAGUCACUGGGUAUAGGUGGUCUAAGUGCAGAAUUUGCUGAUAUCUUCCGAAGAGCAUUUGCUUCCCGUGUUUUUCCUGCCCAUGUGACCAAUAAACUUGGUAUUAAGCAUGUCAAGGGAAUGCUGCUUUAUGGGCCACCUGGUACUGGAAAGACUCUUAUGGCUCGUCAAAUUGGCCAAAUGUUAAAUGGGAAGGACCCAAAGAUUGUGAACGGGCCUGAAGUGUUAAGCAAAUUUGUCGGAGAGACUGAGAAGAACGUAAGGGAUUUAUUUGCUGAUGCUGAGAAUGACCAAAGGAAUCUAGGGGAUCAAAGUGAGCUGCAUGUUAUCAUAUUUGAUGAGAUUGAUGCUAUCUGUAAGUCAAGAGGAUCAACUAGAGAUGGCACUGGAGUUCAUGAUAGCAUUGUGAACCAGCUCCUUACGAAGAUAGAUGGUGUGGAGGCUUUAAAUAAUGUUUUGCUAAUUGGAAUGACCAACAGAAAGGAUUUGUUGGAUGAAGCUCUUCUGAGGCCUGGAAGAUUGGAGGUUCAAGUUGAGAUAAGUCUCCCUGACGAGAAUGGUCGUUUACAAAUUCUUCAAAUUCAUACCAAUAAAAUGAAAGAGAACUCCUUCCUUGCUCCAGAUAUAAACCUUCAAGAGCUUGCUGCUCGGACAAAGAACUUCAGUGGUGCUGAACUUGAAGGUGUUGUUAAAAGUGCCGUAUCAUAUGCCUUGAACAGGCAAUUGAGCCUAGAUGAUCUUACUAAGACAGUGGAUGAGGAGAGCAUAAAAGUAACUAUGGAUGACUUUCUGCAUGCUCUUCAGGAAAUCAUUCCUGCUUUUGGAGCCUCCACAGAUAACCUUGAGCGGUGCAGGCUAAACGGAGUGGUGGACUGUGGUGAACGACAUAAACAUAUCUAUCAGAGAGCUAUGCUACUAGUGGAACAGGUUAAAGUGAGCAAAGGAAGUCCACUAGUAACAUGCCUCUUGGAAGGCCCAACUGGAAGUGGUAAGACAGCAAUGGCAGCUACAGUCGGUAUUGACAGUGAUUUUGCUUAUGUGAAGAUUAUCUCAGCAGAAACAAUGAUUGGUCUUAGUGAAAGCAGUAAAUGUGCACAGAUCGUCAAGGUAUUUGAAGAUGCCUACAAGUCACAGUUAAGCAUAAUUGUCCUGGAUGACAUUGAAAGGUUACUGGAGUAUGUUCCCAUAGGACCACGUUUUUCAAAUUUGAUUUCUCAGACACUCAUGGUUCUCCUCAAAAGACUUCCUCCAAAGGGGAAAAAUAUGCUGGUGAUUGGGACAACAAGCGAGGUGGACUUCUUAGAGUCACUUGGUAUCUGCGGUGCUUUUGCAGUCACAUACCAUGUGCCAAUUUUGCGAAGUGAAGAUGCUAAGAAGGUGUUGGAACAGCUAAAAGUAUUUGCUGAAGAUGAUAUUGAAGCAGCUGCUGAGGCCUUGAAUGAUAUGCCCAUCAAGAAGCUUUACAUGUUGAUAGAAAUGGCUGUUCAGGGUCCACAUGGUGGAUCUGCAGAGGCUAUCUACUCCGGUAAAGAGAAAAUCAACAUGUCUCAUUUCUUUGAUUGUCUCGGGGACAUUGUCCGCCCCUACUGAUUUGUUUGUAUACAUGCUACACUUGCUGUACAUCUUCUGAUGAAUCCCACUAAAGUUUGUAAUUACACUUUAGGUUUUUUUUUCACGUUUAUUUCUUUCGCUUCAUAUUUUUGAACAUCAGGAGUUUUAGGUUACCGCAUCUCCAUCUCGUCAUUUUAUAGCUGCUUUUUCUUCCCCUAUCUUUGAUAUGUAGGUGGUGGUUUUAGAUGGUUUUUACUGAACCAUUCGUGAGUUUUGGUUUUCCAUGUAAUUUAAUGAAGUAGACAACCUGAUGAGUUUUGAUAUAUUGUAUGUAAUUUAAAUUUACAGACCGAGUGAAAAAUUAUUAUAGAAGCCAAUUCUUUUCAUGCAA